CUUCAUGAUGGCAUCGGGGAGUAAAAUAUAGAGUGCAUUGGUCGGCCGUUGCCCAGCGCGUACACGGGGUUACAACAUGAUGAGUGUAAGUCUAAGUUUGAUUUCCAAUGUGCAACAUUCAAUGAAAUGGCCUGUGAUUUCUAGGUACCUAGGUACAUGAGUACAUAUAAGGUACGUGGGCAAAAAAGAUCUGGAUCACGUAAACAUAUCCGAACCGUUCCGAAAUCUAAAAGCCCCAUUUGCUUUCUAAUAAGAGCCCUUUUAUCUUGAUCGCAUUUUGAUAACCUCAAUUUUUAAAUCCUCCAAAAGCUGGACAUUGGAUUUACAGUCGCAAUCUGCAUUAUCGGAACCCCGCAAAUAACUCGUGGCUUCUAAGGAUCCAAAUGGGGGCGCGCCCUUCGGUGAACUACGUCACCCGCGUGAAACCCCGCGAUGGAAGCAAUUCACGGUUGCGGCAAUAAUACGUAAGGCGUAUCCGUAUAUAUGACCAAGGUAUCAUAGACAUACCGUUGCCGAAAUUCCAUAGCCCCCAUCCCAAACCAGCCAAACAUCCAUAUCAAGUUUGACGCGAUGGCAAAUCUCAAGGAUUUCCGCCUUCUCUCCUUCGAUGUCUAUGGCACAUUGAUAGACUAUGAGACCGGCAUACUAUCAGCCCUAGAACCCCUCCUCCGCGCCAACAAUCGCACAGACAUCUCCCGUCUGCGAAUACUAGAGACUUACCAUGAACUUGAAGUCGAGCAGCAACGGGAGACACCUGGCAUGCCUUAUUCUGAGCUCUUGGCUACUAUUCACAAGGGACUAGCGGACAAGCUAGGAUUGGCGCCACCUACGGCUGAGGAGUCACGAGCCUUCGGCAGUUCUACCGCCAGUUGGCCGGCUUUCCCAGAUACUGUCGCCGCACUGCGCCGACUAGCAACGCGGUAUAAGCUAGUAGUAUUGUCGAAUGUUGACCGCGUCUCCUUCGGUCUAACCAAUGCUGGGCCGCUGCAAGGAUUCCCCUUCGACCUUGUGAUCACGGCCCAGGAUAUCGGCUCAUACAAGCCGGAUCCCCGAAACUUCGAACACAUGCUCAAGGAAGUAAAAGAGAAGUUCGACGUCGACAAGGAACAGGUAUUGCAGACAGCCCAGAGCCAGUUUCAUGAUCACCACCCGGCGCGCGCGAUGGGAAUCAAGUCAGUUUGGAUCGUGAGGCCUGGAGCAAUCAUGGGCAAUAGGGAGCAGGAGAUAUAUGAUUGGAAGUUCAACACGUUGGGAGACAUGGCUGACGCACUUGACGCAGAAUUGAGUGCUCCGUAACGAAACAUUGAUAAUCAGAUAUUGGUUUAUAAGAAACAGCGACGGCUCUAAUAGUAUAUGGUACAUCUCAGA